UAAUAUGAUUGAUAUUCUCCCUCUCUAAACAGAGUCCUUUGACUUUCUCUCUCUAUCACCAGCCAGCAAAAGCCUUAAAUAUAUCCAAUUCUGGCCCCUUCUCACCACCUCUACUGCAUGCGCUGCUCAUCUCUUCCUUGUUUUCUCUCAUACUUUUUUACAUCUCCAACGUCUCUCUCUGUAUUCUCUCUAGUCAUACAACAAUAACCGAUCAACCACAACAGAUUCUCAUCGUUUUCCAUGGCAGUUGAAGCUCGGAAUAUGAAUUUUUUCCAUUCUCGGAGUUUAUUGAAUCCGAAUCAAGGGAAGAUGAAUAUGUACAAUACCCAGAUGGAUUCGGGCCUUAAUUUCAAUGGGUCGACGCCUGAUUCAGUUUUGCCUAUGUACCAGUCUCUGGAUUACAACCCUGUUUCUGGGAAAGCAUCGAUGAACAAGGCAGACAGUGGUGUCACAUACAACAUUCCUGCUCUAAGAAAACGGCCUAGAGACCCAAUCAAUGACAUCGAAGCCUUUAAUGCCUCUCAAAAGUCUAAAAACUCUUCUGGAUUUGCAUCUUUUCUUGAUCAAGAUAUCAUCUUUCAGAUCCAGCAACAACAAUUUGAGAUGGACAGAUUCAUUGCCGACCAUACAGAGACAGUACGGAUGGAACUGGAAGAGCGAAGGAAGAUGCAAUCAAGAAUGCUAAUACAAUCAAUCCGGGACAGAAUCGUGAAGAAACUGAAAGAGAAAGACGAGGAGAUGGAAAGAAUCGGAAAGGUAAAUUGGAUUCUUCAAGAGAGAGUGAAGAGUCUCUGCAUGGAGAAUCAAAUAUGGCGAGACUUGGCCCAAUCAAACGAAGCCACAGCCAAUUCACUCCGCAACAAUCUGGAACAAGUCUUGGCGCACGUUAGCGAGGACCGCAACCAGUGCGCCGGCCCCGCCACCGCGGACGACGCAGAAUCAAGCUGCGGGAGCAGCAAUGAAGGGGCAGCGGCGGAGGUGGCGGUUGCGAAGAGGAUGUGCAGAAAGUGUGGGGAGAAGGAAUCAAGUGUCCUGGUACUGCCAUGUAGGCAUUUAUGUCUUUGUACAUCAUGUGGGUCCACUCUCAUUGGCAGUUGCCCUGUCUGCGAUUCUGUCGUGAAUGCCAGCGUUCAUGUUAACAUGUCUUAAGACAUAUUUCCAUGCCCUGAAAAGGCAAAUUCAGCAGUAAAAAUGGUAACAAAAAAAAAAGACAAAUAGAAGAGAUUUUAUUCAUUUUUUUGUUUCAAUUUUGUUUAUAUUUGUACAUAUUUUAGGCAAUUAUGUGAAUUAUUUUAUUCUACUA